GCCGCGCAUGCCCCUUCCUUUCUAGCUCGGGCCCGGGACACAGCAGCUGUCGCGAUGUUGAUGCCCAAGAAGAACCGGAUCGCCAUUUACGAGCUCCUCUUCAAGGAGGGGGUGAUGGUGGCCAAGAAGGACGUGCACAUGCCCAAGCACCCCGAGCUGGCGGACAAGAACGUGCCCAACCUCCACGUCAUGAAGGCCAUGCAGUCUCUCAAGUCCCGGGGCUACGUGAAGGAACAGUUUGCCUGGAGACACUUCUACUGGUACCUCACCAACGAGGGCAUCCAGUAUCUCCGCGAUUACCUGCACCUGCCCCCGGAGAUCGUGCCCGCCACCUUGCGCCGCAGCCGCCCUGAGACUGGCCGCCCAAGGCCCAAAGGUCUGGAGGGCGAGCGACCUGCAAGGCUCACACGAGGGGAAGCCGACAGAGACACCUACAGACGGAGUGCUGUGCCCCCUGGUGCUGAUAAGAAAGCUGAGGCCGGGGCUGGGUCAGCAACCGAAUUCCAGUUUAGAGGCGGAUUUGGUCGUGGACGUGGUCAGCCACCUCAGUAAAGUUGGACGGGUUAUUUUGUGUUGAAUAAACUUGUGGUCAGAAAACAA